AUGACCCUGAUGGACAUCAACAAGAUGUUCUCGCUGCUGCAGCCCGGGGAUGACGAGGAGGCCAGCGGGGAGAGCGAGGAGCUGAGCCGGGCGGUGUGCCGGGAUGACCACGAGGCGCUGGCCCGGCUCCUGUCGCAGGACCGCUACCGGCGGCUGAUCAACCGGCGGAGCGGCUGGGGCGUGCCCAGCACCCCGCUGCGCCUGGCGGCGGCUCGGGGCAGCGAGCGGAGCCUGCGGCUGCUGCUGCAGCACGGAGCGCUCGUGGACAGCCUGGACGUGAAGGCGCAGACGCCGCUCUUCGUGGCGGUCAGCAACGGGCACGGCGAGUGCGUGCGGCUGCUGCUGGAGGCGGGCGCCAGCCCCGCGGGCAGCGCCUACAACAACUGCUCGCCGCUGCUGCUGGCGGCCCGCGACGGCCGGGCGGGCAUCGUGCGGCUGCUGCUGGAGCACGGCGCCGAGCCCAACGCGCGGGCCCGCCUGCCCGAGUGGGCGGCCAACACCGCGGCCUGCUCGGGCCCGCUCUAUCUGGCGGCCGCCUACGGGCACCUGGAGUGCUUCCGCCUGCUGCUGCUGCACGGCGCCGACCCCGACUACAACUGCGCCGAGCCGGCCGUGCUGGCGCAGAUCCGCGAGCCCAAGACGCUGCUGGAGACGUGCCUGAGGCAUGGCUGCCGCCCCGACUUCAUCCGCCUGCUCAUCGACUUCGGGGCCAACGUGUACCUGCCCGGCGUGCCUCACAGCGACCGGCCCGGCCCGCGCAGCGAGGGGCUGGAGCUGCUGCUGCACGCCAGAGCUCAUCCCAAAUCCCUGCUGUCCCAGUCCCGGCUGGCCCUGAGGCGCCUCCUGAAGCAGCCUGGCCGCUCGGCCGCCCUCGGAGAGCUGGAGAUCCCCACAGCCCUGGCCAAGUACCUGCAGCACCAGCCGUGAUGCCAGCCUGCCCAGGGACACCACUGAG